GAGCGCUGGAGAGAGGAGCCAGGCGGGAUGGAGAUGGAUCCGGCCUGCACUGCCUCCCGAGCGGACCGGAUGGGCGGAGUUUGCGAGUGUCUGGGACCCCGUGUCUGGCUCCCUGGAGCCGGGGGCGGGGCGCAGGCAGGCCUCGGCACGGCUUGCUGGUGACCGGUCGCAUGACUGGGCUCCUCCCCCGCCCGCCCCUGAAGGUUUAUCUUGUGACCGCCGCAGCUGGUUCUUCCUUCCUUGAGUUUGGACCCUUAUCAACGAUGCAUUUCUUGGCCGCCGCGUUCCUGUUCCUGGCACUCAGCGCCUCCGCCCUCGCCGAGCCAGUGCAUUUCAAGGACUGCGGUUCUGGGGUCGGAGUUAUAAAGGAAGUAAAUGUGAACCCAUGUUCCACCCAGCCCUGCCAGCUGCACAAAGGACAGUCUUACAGUGUCAAUGUCACGUUCACCAGUAAUACUCAGUCUCAAGGUAGCAAAGCCGUGGUGCAUGGCAUCGUGAUGGGUGUCUCAAUUCCCUUUCCCAUUCCUGAGCCUGAUGGUUGUAAGAGUGGAAUCAGCUGCCCCAUCGAAAAAGACAAGACCUACAGCUACCUAAAUAAACUGCCCGUGAAGAGUGAAUACCCAUCUAUAAAACUGGUGGUGGAGUGGGAACUUAAGGAUGACAAAGACCAACGUCUCUUCUGCUGGCAAAUCCCAGUACAGAUUGCAGGCUAGAGCUACUCGAUGCCAAUAUGUCCAUCUGGGGGUGUGAGAGCAUGGGUGGAGGGAGGGGAGGAGAAAUCAAGUCUAAACUAAAUCAGUGCCAUAAGGUGAAAGGAAUUUCUAGACUGCCGUUUUAUGCCUCUCAACCUCCGAAAGCAUCCAAGACCCUACUUCCUGAGAGCCCAGAACUGUUACCCUUGUAUUAGCCUUUGUAAAAGGGUUGCAAGGAAGAAGAGAAAGUGAGACUGUAGGGAUUGAUUUAAUUGUCUUCAGGGGGUUUUUGGAUUUGUUUUGUUUUGUUUUUUGCUUUUGGAAUAAAGAGGGUCUAACCAGACAGGAUCCAAAGGAGGCUGCUUGGGGGAUAUUGGAUAACCUGCCCUAGGGUUAGCGCCCCUUGCAGCAAAGGAAAGAUUCCAAACUACAACCAUCUAGCUUGGAUAUUAUAUCUGCAUGUUCCUCAUCUCCACAUGCCUCAUUGAGUUCAGUGCAUCUGGCCAAUGAGAUUCCUCACCUCUACCCCCACUGCUUCACCAGCCAUGACUUGCUCUAUGGUGGUGUCCAGCAUGGCAGUGGAGGGGAGGUGUUCUACGACAGAAAUUCUCUGCCGUCAGCUCGUGUCUCUUUUUCUGUCUUAGGUGGUUUUAUUAAAUGCAUCAUUUGAUUAGCAGAUGUUUGAUUUUUUUUUUUUUUUAAUGAGACUAACUUGUGGCCUCUUUAUGCACUGGGAAAUGUCCCUUUGAAAAAAUAAAAACUCGGCAAUCUCUUCUUCUG